AUGCCCUGCAAGGUGCUCGCCGUCUGCCUCCUGGGGCUUCUGGCUCUCUCCUCCGCUUGCUACAUCCAGAACUGCCCCAUCGGGGGCAAACGCGCCGUCCUGGACAUGGACGUCAGGAAGUGCAUGCCCUGCGGUCCCAGGAACAGGGGCCGCUGCUUCGGUCCCAACAUCUGCUGUGGAGAAGAGCUGGGUUGUUACAUGGGCACCUCUGAAACCCUGCGGUGCCAGGAAGAAAACUUCUUGCCAACACCCUGUGAGUCAGGACACAAACCCUGCGGCGGCGGCAGUGGAGGGAGCUACGGCUGCGUGGUUGACUCAUCCUGUGACCAAGAAAUGCCAUUUGCAUAG